AUGUCCUCCGACCAACCCCGGGUCGUCGAGAGCAGACCAUCGGCCCUGACGUCCAACCCGGUACACGAAGCCGAGGACGAAAAGGAUCAUGGCACUGUCGAACGGCCACUGGAGGGCGACCAAAUUCGAGAAGUCAUUCGCCUAAUACAAUGCCGAAAAUGCUCACACCCUCUCCAAGAGCCAAUUACACUUCCUUGCGGUCGAAGCCUCUGUAAACGAUGUGUCCCAGAAACACACACCCGAGAAAAUAUAUCAUAUCCGGCCACGCCAAAUAGAUUACAAGGCUUCGAAUGCCCAUAUGCGGAUUGUGGGAAGAACCAUGCCGUGGGCGAUUGUGGCGUUGAUGUCAUCCUCACCAAGGCAGUCAACAAUUUCAAGGCCGAGAUGGAGAAAGCGAAAGAGACGAGCACCAAAGCCGAGAUAUCCACGCACGUCAUUAUCAACAGUUCAGGUGCUGGGCAGUCAGAUACGGGCGAUGACGACGCGGGAGUGUCAAGGGUCGUGAAAGGAGGCCCACUGCUCGCUGUCUACACGUUGGCAGACUCAGGCGAGUUGGAUUAUAACUCAGCCGUCACUUUUGCCGAAGUCUCAUCACUCGGAGACGAGGCUACCUCCAUCGACUCCAAGACAUUUUCCAAAGUAAAGGAAUCUGUACGCACGGAAAUGGACUGCCAGGUUUGCUACGCCUUGUUCUACGACCCUCUCACGACAGUAUGCGGUCACACUUUUUGUCGAUCGUGUUUACACCGGGUGUUGGAUCACUCCUCCUACUGUCCGAUUUGUCGUCGGGGGUUGUCAGUCAGUCCUCUGUUGUAUCGGGAAUCAUGCCCAUCAAACGAGAGUCUGAAAACCAUCAUUCAGACUUUUUGGGCCGAUGCCGUUCUCACAAGAGGAGAUGCUCUGGCGGCGGAAGCAAUGAACAGACAUCGGGAGUUUGACAUUCCCAUCUUUGUCUGCACAUUGUCAUUUCCAAUGAUGCCUACUUUUCUCCAUGUCUUUGAGCCGCGUUAUCGCCUAAUGAUACGACGAGCUUUGGAAGGUGACCGAACUUUCGGCAUGGUGCUUCCUCAACGACCCCGGACCGCCAAUGACACACAUUUUGUGCAAUACGGAACUCUUCUACGGAUUGUGAAUGCCGAGUACUUUGCAGACGGUAGGAGUCUGAUCGAGACAUCUGGCAUAUCGCGCUUUAGAAUUACCAGACACGGCAUUUUGGAUGGAUAUUUGGUUGGGAAGAUUGAACGAAUUGAUGACAUAUCGAUCGCGGAGGAAGAAGAUCUAGAGGCAACCGAGACACAACAAGCCCUAGAAAGAUACGAAAGCGCAGCUACACAUCAGAGCGAGGACUCGAGUUUGCCGAGGCCCAUUACGACCACCCCCGAGGAUCUCUCAACAAUGCCAACCAGCGAUCUGCUGUCCUUGGGCGUUUCCUUUGUGCAGAGAAUGAGGCAACAAAGUGUGCCGUGGCUGGCACAACGAAUGCUAGCUAUUUAUGGGGAAUGCCCCAACGAUCCGGCACUUUUUCCUUGGUGGUUUGCCAGCAUCCUGCCAGCCAAGGAAUACGAGAAGUACAAACUUUUGGAAACACGAAGCGUCAGAGAGAGACUCAAGAUCUGCUGUGGCUGGAUCUUGGAAUGGGAGUCAAGCAGGUGGUGA